AUGGCAUCCAUCUUCACCUACGAUCCUGACCCACCCCGGGUUUCAUCCCCAUGGUCGACCUCAGGAUCGUCGACUCCCCAAGUCAAUGUGUCUGGCAGUCGAGGGCUAGCUAUUCGAACCCGAUCCAGCUCAGCUUUGAACUCGGCAGAUCCUGAUUUUCUGUCCGACUAUGGCAUCAGCAAGUUGGAGCCGGAACCUCAGGAGGGCCCCACCGAGUACAAGUUGCAUCUACUUCUUCGUCCACGGCGGCCCUAUCUUUCCAUGUCCACUGGUCAUGUCGUCGCAGGCUCAUAUCAUUCCCGUAAUAUCCUAGUAGCGGCCUCAACUUCUGCAUCGCCGUCUCAGGAUGUGACAACGACACCCCCAAAGCCCAUGCAAGCCAGGUCGAGUCAAAGUCGGCAACAACGGCUACAGGGGCUGACGACGCAACUGUUAUGGCGCUUACAGCAAUCUUCGCCCUUUCAUUCAUCGACCACGGCAAACUUGGUAGUUCCGGUGCUUCCAGAUGCGACUCCACAAUUAGGCGUGCCCCCAAAGCCGACUCGCCUACUUGCUGGCCUAGAAGAAAGCCAGGGUGCACUCUACGAGAUUGGAGUUGCCGACGAUGGUACCUUUGUAGGCUUAACGCAAGAUGAACUGGAUGAAAGUGUGACCAAUCUACAGGCCAUGGCAGCCAGUCUCGGAUGUAGCGUUGAAAUACUGCGUCGAGUCAUCGUCGGGAAAUGCGAGUGGGUGGAGGACUUGCCAACGGGAGCGUUGGAAUUGACCAAAAGCCACUCGGACAAACUCUGGGUUGCAGAAGCUUUAGUCACACCAGAUUUGGAUUUCUACAAGAUGUCUUCUCGCUCAACACGGAAUGUCGAUGGCGUUCCCAAUCCAGAUAACGGAGUGGACUCUGUCUCAGAGGAGGAUUAUUCUCACACUGAGCAGAUCCGAAUAUCCAUUGCUGGCCCAAGCACUGCAGGGAAAUCUUCUUUGCUGGGAGCUUUGACCUCGUCUCAACUUGACAAUGGGAGAGGCAAGAGCCGGCUUAGUCUCCUCAAACACCGACACGAGAUAUCCUCCGGUAUCACUAGCUCUGUCGCCCAAGAGCUGAUUGGUUAUGCAGAUGACAUGCCCACAAGUGUGGUCAAUUAUGCCUCUGGAAAUGUCGCUGCGUGGGAUGAUAUCCAUGCCACUUCGCGCGGAGGUCGUCUCGCGUUUGUAUCCGACCUUCCAGGUUCGGUGCGUUAUGUGAAGUCUACAUUAAGGGGCCUGGUAAGCUGGGCGCCGCAUUAUGUGAUGCUUUGUAUUCCGGCCAACUGCGGUGAGGAGACGGCAGAGACUGAAAUCGGCAAUGAGCAAACCACUGAGAUCGUUUUUUGUCUGGCCUACUUGGAGCUUUGUCUGAAACUAGAUAUUCCCUUUCUGAUUGUCAUCACAAAGUUAGACAUUGCUUCUCGAAGCGGGCUACGAGAAAAUCUUGCUAAAGUCUUGUCUGCCCUUAAAACAGCAAAUCGGAAGCCCGCGGUGCUUCCUCCAAUGGGCGAUAAGAUACCUGAUCUCCAGCAGAUUAGCGGACCGGACGGUAAAUCUGUACAAGAACUUAUUAAAGCAACCAACGAGAACUGGUCACGUACCGUGCCCAUAGUUCUCUCUAGCGCUGUUGAUGGUUCAGGAAUAGGCAAACUGCACGCAUUCCUUCGAUACUUGCCUAUUCCAUCAACGCCACGACAAAGAACACUGCAUUUGCACAAGCAACCAGUGUUGCAUCAGUCUCCCAACAACGUUUUCGAUGUGGACGAGGUGUUCGCUAUUCCACCUUCAAAAGUAUAUUCGGCGACGAACGAGAAAACCAAACAAGAAAGCCGUGGAAUGGUUUUAUGCGGCCUAGUUCGCCACGGCAGCAUAUCCGUUGGUGACGAGAUGACCAUCGGACCCCUUCUAGUCGACACCUCAACAGACGGCAGCAAUGAUAACGCGCCUUUGAGCAUGCUUUCCCGCAGCAGCGGACCAGGCCCCUCAAAUGAGUUCCCUGCAUCGUUCCCACAGGGCUUCUUACCAGGAAAGGACGCCUCGUUAACGCAAGCAAAAUGGCAGCGCGUGCGCGUCGUCAGCGUUCGUAACCUUCGCCUCUCUGUCCGCUGCCUUAUAAAAGACCAAGUCGGCACCAUCGGCAUUGAGAUACUCGCCUCCCCAGAUGAAGACCGGCUCCCACGUCUCAGCCGCAUUCGAAAGGGCAUGGUUCUAACGAACAUGCACCAGACCAUACCACUUUCGCCCUCUUCUUCCUCUCCCAACACCAUCAGCACAACCACUAACCCGCUACCGUCGACCUUGCCAUUACCUUUCCACACAGGAUUCAUAGCCACCUUCCCCGCAUCCGAAUUCUCAGCCCUGAACUCGCCUCCCCUCCUUCUGGGUGGCAAUUCAAUAGUCUACAUAGCCAACAUUCGCACAACUGUCCGCGUCAUCUGUAUGGAACUUGCAGGGACAGACGACGAGCUUCCUUCCGAGCCACAGUCACCCGACGAACCGGAAUUCUUCUCUUUCGACGGAGAUGCCCAGUCCUCUGGCCGGGGGGAAAAGGGUAGCCCCAGAACUAAUGCCACUGUUGCUGGUCCCAUGCAGCAUCGUCAAUCCACAGCAGAUAUCAGCAAAGUCGUCUCAGGAGGAAAGACAGAGGCAUUAAAAGAAGAUGUGCGAAUUACGUUUGCGCUUAUCACGUCUGUCGAGUGGAUUGAGCUUGGCUCGCAGGUUCUCGUUAUGCCUGGUGUGUCGGUAGGAGCGUCUUCCAAUGCCGCUGUGGGCUCGGGGCCCGGCUCUAGCGCCAAUGGUUCUGGGUUUGUGACGGCGUCUGGAUUAGAAGGAUUUGUGGGGACGGUUUGUGAAGUUAUUCCGGGCAGAAGUGUGGGGAAUGAAUAA